CCCCUAAAGGUCAAACUGCCCCUGAAGAUCAUCCUCAAUCGGAGUCGGCACUGAAACUUCAUGCAGAGACUCCUGUCCAAACAGCAGCAUUCAUCGCUGUCAUCGUUCCUGUCGUAGUCAGCUUGAUCAUAAUAGGAAUGAUUCUCAAGAAGUAUAACUUCACCUUCAACACUUGUGGAUUUCAGAGAGAUUUUAAUAAGGCCCACAGGAGCUGGAUCAUGGGUGGUGUUAGUGUUGACCUACUGUUUCUGCUGGUUUUGAUCUUCAAAGCUGCCUGUGAAGAUGACGAUUUCUCCAAUGUAGCCUGUUACGGUGUGACUGGACAUCAAGAAUCAACUCUUAACUGCACAGUCAUUUACAGCAAUAGAUGCCAUGCAAUGUUGUACAAGUUUAUUAAUAAGGAUAAAGACACAACAAUCUGUCGAGAAAAGUUUACAAGCAAAUCCGAUCAACAGCACUUCUCUUGUUCUUACACGUCAAAGGAAGACAUGACAACAACAUUCCAGUUCUUUUUGCAAGCGGACUGUGGAACUGUAAUAAAAGAAUUCACUGUAGCAGGUGGAUCCAGUAGAAUCAAGGGAGACCCAGCAAAAGAAACUUCAGUCCUAACAGAUAAAGCUGGGGUUGCUGUCGUCAUGGCUGGCAUAAGCUGUUUUAUCAUCUUCGUCAUGGGAUUCAUUCUCAUAAGAAAGCACAACGCUAAGAACACUUGUGGAAUACAGAAGAACUGUGUGUUUGUGUGCGAUGACAACAACUUCAAAAAACACCCAGAUAGAGAAACGGUGUGACAGCAGCAUCACAACAAUAUACAAUAUUCAUGUUCCACAUUAAAGUGAUCAUGAUGCUAACAUUCUUACAAAAAUCUUUAGAGAAUUAUACAGAUUUGAAACAACCUGAGGGUGAGGAUUUUUGAGUGAACUAUCCCUUUAAACUCAUUCAAGGAUCUCUUAAUCCAAAUCUGUGUUUUUAUUUGUUGACUCUAUAAAGUAUUAUUCAUAUAUUAGAUAAAAGAGUAUAUAUAUGACCUCUGCACAAUAAUACGGUUGAAGAGAAAGACUCUUGAUAUUGAGAUGCAAGGAAACUAAAACUGCUUACUUCUCUCUUUUAUCAGACGUUUCACUCUUGCAUUGGGCGUGUGGUGAUAUUAAUGUGUUUUUUACUUUAUCAAACUGCAGCUUUAAGAUGAUAUUAAUAGCAUAUACAGUAUACAUGGUGUUGUUGUUGUUGUCUAUUGGAGUUUAUUUUAAAUAAAUACAUCAAAUAAUUAAAUGA